GAUCGUAAACACGGAAGUGAAGCAGCAGAGUCGGUGUUUCCUGGUCGGCGGUGGGUUUAACGUCUCUGCCCUGCGGUUUGUCGCUACUACGGUGUGUGUGUCGGUGUGUGAGCCUCCGGGAUGGACGGGUGUGUAACGCUGACGGUGGUCCUGCUCGUCGCUGCGGUUUUAUCUCCGGCGAACUGCGGCUUGUUCCGGCUGAAGAGAGUCAACAAAGCUCAGAUUUUGGGUUUCGACUGGAAGAACUGCGGGCAGCCGGAUGCUCCAGCUGUCCUGAAGAGCUUGAACGUGUCUCCAGACCCGAUCACCAUCCCAGGAGACCUGACGGCCUCCGCAUCUGGAUCCACAUCCGUAGAACUUGCCGCUCCUCUGGCUGUGAAUGUGACUCUGGAGAAGGAGGUGGCCGGUUUCUGGGUGAAGAUUCCCUGUGUGGAGGAGCUGGGCAGCUGCCACUAUCAGGACGGCUGCGAUAUUCUCAACCAGCUGAUCCCACCUGGUCAGGACUGUCCUGAACCGCUGCACACCUACGGCCUGCCCUGCCACUGCCCCUUCAAAGCUGGCUCGUACUCGCUGCCUCAGUCCGACUUCUACCUGCCCUAUGUGGACCUGCCCUACUGGCUGACUAACGGGAACUACCGGGUUCAGGGAGUCCUGGGCAGUGGCGGCAAAGAGCUCGGCUGCCUCAAAGUGGCGCUCUCCAUUCACUCCGACUGAGCCAACAGCAGAAGAAAACAACAGAGAUUAAAGGUUUUUGUCGGUUUGCACAUAAACCUGAUUAAUGUUGGGGGAAAUUAAUGCAAGCGUUGCACAGAGCAGUUUCAUAUUUCAGUAUUUCAUCUCACUUUUAUGCAGUUUUUCACCUCACUGGGAGAGAUUUUGGGGGAAAAUAAUAAAAGAUAGCAAACAUGUUCAAUCCAGUGUAUUACGAUCAUUUCUGUCUUCUCCAGUAUUGGAAAAACUGCAAUUUUUCCAAUUAAAACCCAUCAAAGCUGCAGUUAUUUCAAUUCUUAUGCACCAUGACUGCUUUGUUUUGCCAAACAUUCCGUCACCGCUAAAGUGAGCGUUAAAAUAAUGAGGGAGAAAGAUGUUUCAGUGCUGAAAUGUCCUUUUAUAAAAGACUAAAUUCUUGCACCUUUGUUUUGUUCUGUUCUAACAACAGAAAAUCAGAGGAAAAAAUGUUGCCUUUUCUCAAAAAAUCUCAAAUUUUCUGUAAGUUUUCUUCGUGACUCAAUAGUGUCAAGUUAUGCAGGUUUUCUGCAUACGUUUAGUUUAUUCCCACAAUGUGUUGCUUCUUGUAUGCAGUUGAGUUUUAAUGAGCGGGUAUUUCAUGUGGGGAAGUAAAAUCUACAAGCAGCUAAAGCACAGAGGAAUCAGAUCUCGUCACCAGCAGCACAUUGCUUCAUCUUUAGCUCUAGUUUGUAUAAAUUUACUGCUAAUCCUCAAUGAAACUAGGCUGAUAUUAAUAAAAUGGAAACAUCUAGAGACAGAUUUCUGUAAAAACAAUAUUUCUAUGUUUUCUUUUUGGUCUUAAAAUGAGAGAAUUUUGCCCACAGAAACAUCACUGAAAGAUUAGAGACAUUUUAGUUUUUAUUUUGUACAUUUCCAAAUCUUAAAGACUUAAGGACAUUUUCUUCGCAGCUCUAAAUCGUUGACAAAUCGAUUGCAUGUUUGUUUUUUUUAUUGUUUAUUCUCUUACGAAAGCCAGUUUUAUCAACGCAAAGAAUAUAAACUGCGGAGGCCUUAUCUUGGAAUCGGGAAAUUAACUUGCUUUUUUUAAAGGAAAUAGAUUUAAUCAUGUAUGACAGAGAUGUGUUCUUACACAGCAAUAGGAUGAAAUAAAUAUCCUCUAAAACUGCAAUAAACUUGGCUUCGUAUUAGAAUUAAGCUUAUUUUGCUGCAGCACCAGUAAAAUUUGAUAAAUUCUAGAUUUACCUUUCAGCUUUUUACACUGCUUUGUUGUUUUUUCUUGCAGUUUCUUCAAAAGGCUGCACAGUUUAUACUUUUUUAAGCCAUCCAUUGAUAGUUUUCAAUACAUUUAGUGAUAAACAGCAAAAAUCACUGAAAAAUUCUGCAAAUUUAAUUGUGAACAACCAAGCUCAGCUCAAGGCUGAUGUAUUUUUAUAAGUAUAUUCUGAAUGCAAAGCUCCUGCAAACUGAAAAUCUAAAAUGCAUUAAAUCUUCCAACAGUUUAGUCUUUGUAAAUAAGCAGUUUAAUAUUCUUAAAUAAUGGUAAUGAUAAUGUUCUUCAUACAGUUUUUUGUGGGUUUUUUUUUUUUUUUUUUUUUUUUUAAAUCUGCUGCUGCAAGAAAAAUGCUGUUUUAUGGUUUUUAUCAUUGCAUGUGUCUUUUUUUCCACUGGGUAAAGGGUUUGUUGAUUUCACUUUAUUAUAAUAACUGUUGGUAGCCACCGUAUGAGAGAAUAAUUAGAAUUUUAUUUCAUCAUUUUUUUUUUGUUCAUUGUUACUAAGUGCCUGAUUGUUUCUUUAGGAGCAACGAUGAAAAUUCAUGAUGAAACUUCAGGUAACAAUUGAAAAAUAGUUUGUUUUUUACCAUGAUGAUGAUCACUGUCAUGCUUCACACUGUGUACGAUUUUUAAUAAACUUUGUGCCACGA